AUGCCGAACGUAACAUCCUCGAAUUCUCAAGUUGAAACAAGUAGUAAUUCACUGCCUUCAACUAAGUCCAAAAAGAACAAGAGGAAAUCUUUAGCGGUUACUACAAAAGAUGUUUCUCCGUCACGUCAAGAGCCACAUUCCCCUAAUACGCCUGCCCCUGAUACUGCGGACGCUAGUCUUGAGAACGUUAACAAAAAUCCGUACAUUGAAGUUAUUAAUAAAAGGAUCAGGAAUUUGAGGAAAAAGAUGUUAAGAAUCGAGAAAUGUGAAGAGAUCAUCAGAUCUAAUCCUGAUGGGAAAAGCCAGUUGAAUAACGAUCAGCUGCAAUUAUAUGAACGAAAGGGUGAGAUCGCUGGAGCCUUAAAAGAGUGUGAUGAUAUUUUGAAACAGGCCGAAAAUAUUGAUAAAGAGGAGAUCAAGAACCAAAAGAUUCUGAAAGAACAACAAGAAGGACGCGAAAAAGCUGCUGCAAAUGCUAUUACUGAUGAAGUCAAGGCUACAUAUUCUCGAUCAAUCAUAUGUCUUCUUCAAUUCUUUCGACUCGUUCACUUUCAACAAGUCGGUAUUGUUCAACUAUCACAGGCUGAAUCCGAAGCUGUUGAAACUUUUCGUGCUAAACUGACUAAUAUUGUAGAUGAAGUAAAGGAUGAUAUUAGUGAGCUGCGGAUCCAAGAGACCUUAGAUAAUAUUAACAAACUUCAACAUGGUGAAGAAAGUACAAUAAUUGAACCGUUGACUAACGGUGUUACUGAUACAAGUAGUAAACUGGGCGUACUAUCACAUGGAAUAACUUAUUCUCACAUUCGUUCAUUGAUUCUGAGUCCACCAAUAUUAGACUCCGUUGAGAUACAAACAGAGCAGGAAGAGUCGUAUGAUACGCGCGAAGUAGUUAAUAUUCAAGGGGAAGGGCCAACACAUUUUGAUGAGAAUUUAGGUGAUAUGUAUACAAUUCCAGUUGGUGGGAUACAGUUUAUGUUGCCGCGUGGUGAGCCAUCAUCUCAGGAUAUAAUUGAUCAUAAUCAUACUAGUUAUUCUUAUCCAAAUACGGAUCCUUAUAUGGUUGAACAGCAACAACAGCAAUAUUCUGUGGAACACCAGCACAUCACAGAACAUCAACCAGAACAAACUGAUCAACAAGUUUCUAUGAAACAAAAAGAAGAACCAUCAGUACAACAGCAAGAGCAAAUUCAAGUUUCUGAUAAUUCAACUGAUGUCCAACAGCAAGUGCUUCAACAAAAUGAUACUUCUUCUUCACCAGCACAUUCCAAUAAUUACAAAGGAAAUCAUCGUAACAAUUACCGAAACCGUGGCGGUUAUAGGACACAGGGUGGUCAAGGUUACAGGAGGGAUAAUGGCGGUUAUAGAGAUGGUGGAUAUCGUGAUGGUAGUGGAUACCGUGAUGGUAGUGGACCUCGUGACGGUAGUGGAUACCGUGAUGGUAGUGGACCUCGUGAUGGCAGUGGACCUCGUGAUGGUAGUGGGCAUCGUGAUGGUCGUUACCGUAACGAACGUGGUUAUCCAAAUUCGGGUUCUCGUGGUGCCAGAGGUGGUGGAAACGGAUAUCAAGGUUGUUAA